ACGGGGAGCGGAGCUGGAGAUGGAGGUGGGAGGGGCUUUAGCCGGCUGACGUCACCGGCUGUGUGGAGGAGUAUAGGCUGUGCUGUCAGCCCAGUGUCAGUCUGAUGAAGAUUGGCAUGCAGCGUUCGUGUGGAGCGCUGGACUCUGGGCCUGGAGCUGACAGCACACCCCAUAGUCUCUGCACUGGUGCCAACAAACUCACUUCUGAAUGUGAAGCACUCCCAUGAUGCAACAUGUGUCCCCAGCACCAGCAGUGACGAUGAUGGCCACCCAGAGCGUUCCUCCACCAUCGUACCAGGAGAGCCAACAGAUGACGGGCACCACUCAACAGAACACCAAGACCCCACAGGUCCAUAUCCCAGCAGCCUCUGCAGCAGGAAACACCUCGGUCAGCGUGACCCUUGACCCCCAGGCCCAGCUGGAGUCCGACAAGAGAGCAGUUUACAGGCACCCUCUGUUCCCGCUGCUGGCUCUGCUGUUUGAGAAGUGUGAGCAGGCCACACAGGGCUCUGAGUGCAUCACCUCGGCGAGCUUCGACGUCGACAUCGAGAAUUUCGUCCAUCAACAGGAGCGAGAACACAAACCCUUCUUCAGCGAAGACCCAGAGCUAGACAAUUUGAUGGUGAAGGCCAUCCAGGUUCUGCGGAUCCACCUGUUGGAGUUGGAGAAAGUGAAUGAGUUGUGUAAGGACUUCUGUAACCGCUACAUCACAUGUCUCAAGACCAAGAUGCACAGUGAUAACCUGCUACGAAACGACCUGGGAGGACCCUACUCUCCCACACACACCAGCCUGGGCCUACAGCAGGAACUAAUUCAGACCUCCUCUCCACCCAUGACCUCUGUCUCCAGCUCGGUUAACCCCGCGGGGAUCGUAGUGCCGGCCGGCGGUCUGCAGCAGGGAGGCGUGUCCAUGACGACCAUCAACUCUCAAGUGGUGUCUGGUGGGACCCUGUACCAGCCGGUUGCCAUGGUGACAUCACAAGGGCAAGUGUUAACGCAGGGGCUGCCUCCAGGAACCAUUCAGAUCCAGAACUCGCAGGUGAAUGUGGACUUGUCGUCUCUGUUGGACAGUGAAGAUAAGAAGUGUAAGAAUAAGAGGGGGGUCCUGCCCAAACACGCUACCAACAUCAUGAGGUCGUGGUUAUUUCAGCAUCUCAUGCACCCGUACCCCACAGAGGACGAGAAGAGGCAGAUCGCGGCACAAACCAGCCUCACUCUGUUGCAAGUAAAUAACUGGUUCAUAAACGCACGUCGGCGUAUUCUGCAGCCCAUGUUGGAUGCCAGUAACCCAGACCCCGCCCCCAAAGCCAAGAAGAUGAAGUCACAGCACCGCCCGACUCAGCGCUUCUGGCCCGACUCCAUUGUGGCCGGAGUCCUACAGACGCAUAGAUCCAACGCCGGAAACAACUCAGACAACCCCCUGAGCAUGGACAGUCUCCAGUCUCUCUCCUCUGACUCAGCCACCCUCGCCAUGCAGCAGGCCAUGCUCGCCGCCGACGACUCCAUGGACGGCACGGAGGAGGAAGAGGAGGAAGAGGAGGAGGACGAGGACAUGGACGAAGGUUUGGAGGACGAUGAAGACGAACUGGGCAUGGAUGAAGAGCAGCAGGAGCAGAGCCGGCACAUGCUGUCUGCGAGAGAGGACAGGCGGGAGCACACAGACACGCUCGAGUAGAGACACAAGGGGGCGCCACCCCUCGCCUCUCUGAACCCUCUGCUCUGAUUGGACAAACAUGACAUUAUCUGAGGGCGUGGUUUCGAUCAACACUUCAUCAGGACUCUGACAUCGAGCUCAAUCAGACGUGACCUGAUAUGGAGUGAUUGUAGUUUAAUGAACGCUAUGGGGACUAUCAUUACACAGUUAAAUACAUGGUGAUCAUUUCUAAAGGCAACGGCAGGUUUAAAGCGGUUUUACAUCGACGACAGCAGAAACACUUUAGGCACUGAUGUUGAGGUCAAAGGUCAUUAUUGAUAAUCUGAAUGCAUUAGAUUAGCUCCUCUGCUGUGCCAUGUAUUUUUAAGCCUAUUCGAGGAGUAUGUGGGUGCCAUUACAAUCUACGUGAACAAAAUGGUAACACUUAGUAAUAAUUACACAUUAUGAAACAUUGGUUUUCAAAGGAUUCUUUCAACUUAUAGCUGGACAGACCGAGCCUAUCUCAGUGUGUGGAGUUGAGCCCCCGGGGGCUGUACUGGUUGGGAUGGGUGGCUCCAGUGGCAUUGAAGUCCAGGUCAAAUGCAGAAGAGGUCGUCCCUGUUUUUCUUAAAAACAUUUGACUAAAACUUGUCUUUAUCAAUGUUUCUUUAUUAUGAUGAUUUUCUACUUAUUCAAAGCGGCAAUUACCCGGAGGUUACACCAGGGGGCGACAGUGACACAUGAGACAGACGAAGCUGCAAAAGUGUGUGUGUUUAAAGGGAAGCAUAUUCAUUGGACACAUGUCUGGAGCUCCACAGUGACGUGUGCUCAGGUUCCAGAAGUACAUUUACCAUUCAUUUUUCCCUAAGGUUUUUCCAAACAUUCAAAUAUUAAGAGUUCAAAGGCGUUGCGGAGGCUAACUGACUAUGUCCUAACCAGCUACAUGCUAACUAAUAUCCAUAACGUGGUUGUUUUAAGUCAGUUAAGGCAGUUUAAAAUGCAAGAUUCUGCAGAAUGUGGUCAUUAUGUCCACAUAGCUGAUUAUCCCCAAGCUUUUGAACCUUUAAUAGCGAACCUUUCGAACCUUUUAUUUUUUGAAAGUCUGAAUGAUUGGGAAAUUUUGUUCUGGAUCCACGUGAUGUGCGGUCACUGUUGAGCUCCAAAACACUGCAGCUGCACCUGGUCUGGUUCAUUAAUUUUAAAAGUGAUUUUAAAAACACACAAACACUGUGCUCAUGAGCUACAGUGGCUUCAGUGUAAACUGGGGGUUAUUCUGAUGUUGCAUUUGAACAUUUUAAAAUAUAUUAGACCUGUUUUGGAAAUCAGACGACCAGCCUCCUGUUGCCAAAUAUGUUUUAAAUGAGUUGUGAUGUUUACUAAAGUUACUCUACUACUGUGAUCUGAUAUAUGAAAGACGAUAAAGACGGUGAUUUAUGUGGGAUUUUUGAACAAUUUUUAAACAUCUCACAUCUCACUACAGGUUACUGAGGUGGCACUGGGGUUGGGCUUCCCUCAGUGAACUAAUACUGAUGUUCUACUAUUUCUAAAAAUAGACAGAAAUAAUCGAGCAUGUUGAUCGACCAUAGACUGUAUAAAGAAAUGGACGACGUGAGUGCGACAUCACUAUAGCGUUUGGCUCCAGUCAAAUGAAGCUCAUCGAGGCUAGUAGUUAUAGGGGCCAAUUUGGAGCCAAGUUACAUGUUUGGAAUUCUGACCGGGAGUAUUAUAGCAUACAAAGAGCCAAUCUGGAGCAAGGCUGAAGGUAACGUCUCUUCCUGCCUGCACUGCUGGGUGGGAAGAGCAAUGCUGUCAAUCAAGCUUAUUGCUAACGCUAUCUGGACCAACCUAGGGCAAAGAAGGCGCCUGAUUUGUCUUAUAUUAAUGUUCAUAUUUUGAGUUACACAAAAUAGAAAACCCCAGGAUCAUGUAGAAUGGGUUAAUACGAACAUUUUAAGACCAAAAUGACGAACCUGACAGCAACAGUUAUAGAGAGGGGCGACAAUUUUUCUAUGUAAAGCAAAUUUGAGUCGAUGGAGCAGGAAGCUCGCCAAUAAUCACUUCUUAUUUGGAAUGCAGCGGUUAGUAUGUUAGCCAAGUCCAUUUAUAUAUACAGUCUAUGUGAUCAACAUCAUUUGAAGAACUGUUUUACAUUAGACUCUACAAUGUUCUGUAUCUGUCUAACCCGAGGCUGGAAAGUUGAAGCUGCCGAUGAAGGAACAUACAAUACUUCCAUUUGCUUUUCUUCCAAAACACUGAUGCACACACAGACAGAAGUAAUAUCGUUUGAUACGUCAAAAAAGCAAGUAGCCAUCCAUCUAACUGAACAAAACAUGGAGGACGAAAUCAAAUGAAUGUAUUUUGAAAAAAUGAUUGUGAUCUGAAUCAAGUACAUAGCUUUUUUGAAACUUACUUAAACUUAUUUGAGACUACCUUAUCGCUCCUAUGUUUUUACAGUUGAGAAAGAGGUUGCUGGUUCUAUCCAUGUGUCUGCCUACUUUGUUUUAGACUUCCAGUGUUGGGAUCUGGCCUUUCGAAUCACUCUGGCUUCUCAGGUUGAACUGUGCUUCUCAGAGCAAGUGGGUUUCUGCAGCUUACCCUUUUGAGCAUGACUUUUCUUCAACCAUGAGUGGACGUCGACAUAACCGUGAACGCACUUAUAUCGAAGUAUCUAUACUCCAUUUAUGUUCCCGUGUUGAAACUUGCAUAUUUAUUAUUUCGGCAGUGGCUGAAGGAACCUAAAUGCAAGUCUCUCCUCUGUAGCGUUGGUCAAGAGGACGCUAACUGUUCAACUGUUUUGAGCUAAACGCUAGCUAUUCACAGAUUUUUGACCCAAACGCUACCAUUUCAACAGUUUUGACCUGCCGAACUCACCUCAGCUCGGAUACAACUUACAGAGUCGGGACAAUGUUGAAGAUUUUCCAGGAAGGAUUUAAAAUUUGACUGAUUUGAAGAAACUGUGAAAUGAUUCUGCGUUUUAGUUUUGUCUGAAAGUGAAAGUGAAAGAGGAAACGUGUUCAUCGUGAAGUUCGUUCUCGUUCAUAUCGUCCCAUUGCUUUUUCUAAAUGAUCUUCCAGAACAAGUGACAGACGAUGCUAGAAG